GCGCGCCAACCCACAAUUCCCGCUCCCCGCUGCGAUCUUGCAGCCGCCGCAGCCGCCGCAGCUGCAGCCGCCGCCCGUUACGGCUCCCUCCGCCAGGGACAUGUUGCAGAAACCGAGGAGCCGGGGCCGCCCUAACUCCCAGGCGGAGAGGGAGAGGGACUGGGGCCACGGCGCCGCCGAGGAGGCCCCGAGCACCUCCCGUGGGGCGGGCAGCUCCCAGGAGGCCCGGAGCUCUUCGUCGCAGGGUUCCCGCCGGGCCGAGGCCUCCCCGGAGGUGGGGCCCAGGUCCCAGCAGCAGCUGGAGCUGAAGGUAGCCGAGCUGGUGCAGUUCUUGCUGAUUAAGGACCAGAAGAAGAUCCCGAUCAAGCGCACGGACAUACUGAAGCACGUCAUCGGGGACUACAAGGACAUCUUCCCGGACCUCCUCAAACUGGCCGCCGAGCGCCUUGAGUACGUCUUCGGGUACAAGCUGGUGGAACUGGAACCCAAAAGCAACACCUACAUCCUGAUCAACACCCUGGAACCGGUGGAGGAGGAUGCGGAGGUGAGAGGCGAUCAAGGCACGCCCACCACCGGCCUCCUGAUGAUUGUUUUGGGUCUCAUCUUUAUGAAGGGCAAUACCAUCAAGGAAACGGAGGUCUGGGACUUCCUGCGUCGCUUAGGGGUGUACCCCACAAAGAAGCAUUUAGUGUUUGGGGACCCAAAGAAACUUAUUACCGAAGAAUUCGUGCGGCAGCGUUACCUGGAGUACCGGCGGAUACCCCACACUGAUCCCGUAGACUAUGAAUUGCAGUGGGGCCCCCGAGCCAACCUGGAAACCAGCAAGAUGAAAGUUCUUAAGUUUGUGGCCAAAGUCCAUAAUCAAGACCCUAAGGACUGGCCAGCACAGUACUGUGAGGCUUUGGCAGAUGAGGAGGCCAGAGCCAGGCCAGAGACAAGUGGACCAGCCCCCUCCUCUUGAAGUCUCAGACAGAUUCUGAGGGGUUCUUGGGGAAGGUCAAAGGCACUGGGUGAAGGGGGUAGGGGUUGGAGGCAUAUUUCUGUAACGCUUAAAUGUGUGUGGCUUUAGGAGGUGCUUGCAAACCUCUGUUCUCUUUUAAUGUUGUCACUUAUUUGGUUCCAACUUCUCACUUUUAAAAAUAUUAAGAGAGGAUUUUUGGUUUGAUUUGUUUUACCGCUGUAUAUUUUGGCAUAAAAGUUUUCGUAACAUUAUACAACUGAUUGAAAAAUUUUAACCAUGAUCUGGAACAGGUAUUUAAAAAAGAACACAUCGGUGAAUUGUUUUGGCGCCAAGAAAAUAAAAGCGAAGUGGAUAUAAUCUGGUCUCUUAGUAGUUUGUAAGUUAAAAUAAAACCCUUUAUAAAUUAAAAAUAAAAAUGUAAUUGUCUAUAUCCUUUUUUACCUUAAGACAGCUAUUUUAUAUUUAUAUAUUUCCUAUGUAUAUAAGCAUUAUGCAUCAUCUAAGUAAUGUACAUAUUGUAUUUUCUCUGAAUAGCAAUUUUUUAAUAUUCAUAAUUAUCAGUCAGCUCUGUGACUAAUCACUUAGUGCCAUUUAGUUUUUUUCCUUCCCCCCCCCUUU